AUGAGCACCAAAGUUCUAAUACCUCUCAUGAUUUUGAACGUAACUGGACAAACAGGCGCCGUAGAAGCUCUCACCAGUCGCGUGCUGGCGUCCUUCUUCGGCUACCCGACAACGUGCAGUGUGGGUGCUGAAGUGAAACCUUGCACGCUGUCAUUUAGCUGUUGGUUACGAGGAGGUACAAGACUGAGGGGCUGUGGCAGCGGUUGGCUUUUCUCCUGCUGCGGACCUCCCGAGCCCGUGAGGACAUCAGAUGGUUUCGACAACGUCAUACCCUCAUCCGAAUGGAAAUACAAAGUAGUACCGCCAAAGUUGCGCCAAGUUCCUCAAAGAAACGUGGUCCCAGCUAACGUUUUCAGAAGACGUGCCGAUGAUGAUCCAUCUCAGAUGGAUUGCGGUUUACCAUCCACACGAAUACUUCAAAAAAGAAUCAUAGGGGGCAGAGAAGCAAGGUUCGCCGAGUUUCCUUGGCAGGCUCAUGUCAGAAUUUCGGAGUUCCAAUGUGGCGGUGUCCUAGUAUCGCGGUGGUUUGUCGCGACCGCGGCUCACUGCGUUUCGCGCGCUAGGCCCAGGGACAUUGCUGUAUGGCUGGGCGCCCUGGAUACCACAGCGGGGGCACAUACUGCGCGGAAAGUCGGGGUGAUCCAGAAGAUCCUGCAUCCGCUGUUCCAGUUCCGCAUGACGCAACCGGAUCGCUACGACAUCGCUCUGUUGAGACUCGCCAGGCCCAUUACCUACACGGGCCACAUCCUACCCAUAUGCCUCCCGGAUUUGGACCUGGAGUUGCGCGGAAAGUCCGGGGUCAUCGCCGGCUGGGGCAAGACUGACGCCAGCAACGGCCACACUGGCACUAACCUAUUGCGCUCUGCAACCGUUCCUAUUCUAAGUACCGAACAGUGUAUUAAUUGGCACCAAAGCAAGCAGAUAUCAGUGGAGAUUCAUUCAGAGAUGAUCUGUGCCGGACAUUCUGACGGCCAUCAGGACGCAUGUUUAGGUGAUUCCGGUGGACCAUUAAUUGUGCUAGACAGUGGGCGCUACUACCUGGUCGGCAUCACGUCAGCUGGCUUCGGUUGCGGUGUCGACCACCAGCCCGGCAUCUACCACAACGUCAAGGUCACCACCGGCUGGAUAAGAGGCGUUAUAACACCGUCAACAAACUACAUCGAUUUUAGACGC